AUGUCUAAUGUGGUUACAGGACUAAUGACUGCAUGGACAAAUGGUCGCCUUGGAAACCAGAUGGGAGCAUACGCUGUCCUCUACGGCCUGGCCAAACUCAAUGGCUACGAACCCUACAUACAAAAAGACAUGCACGAAAUCCUUUCUCCAUUAUUCCGACUCACGUUACCGGUCAUGGAUGAAACCAUGGAAAACAUAACCUGGACAAACUUCAACAGGAACGACUGGAUGUCCGACGAUUACCUCAACAUUGCACCACAGUUCGUGCAACUCUACGGCUACUUCUGUUCGUGGACAUUUUUCCACCAAUACCGAAAUGAAAUCCUUCGGGAGUUCAGCUUUCACGACCACAUCAAGAAACGGUCCUGGAGCACUCUAGCCAAGCUGAAGGAGAACAGGAAGCACCCCACGUAUAUUGGGGUUCACGUGCGACGCGGUGACUAUGUUCAGGUCAUGCCGAAGAUCUACCACGGAGUCGUAGCAGAUAGGGCUUACCUUCACAAAGCGAUGACGUAUUUCAGGAGAAAGUAUCAGGAACCGGUGUUCGUGGUAGCGAGCGACGGAGUACGCUGGUGCCGCGAAAACAUCGACGCCGCCAAGGGUGAUGUCUAUUUCGCCGAAGACUAUAAUGAAUCAUCACCGGGUUACGACCUGGCACUCCUGGCUCACUGCAACCACACCAUUAUGACAUUCGGGACCUUCAGCUUCUGGGCCGCCUACCUAGCUGGUGGUGAAACCAUCUAUUUCCACAACUUUACUCUUCCAGAUUCCAGUUGGUGGGACGUGUUCAAGCCUGAGGCAAACUACUUGCCAGAGUGGAUCGGUAUUCAGGCAAACAUCUCUUCCAUUCUCCCGACUUCUGCAUCGCUGGCGAAGAACAAAAACCAGGACGCAGGCAGCGCUGAUGAGCGUGCUACGUUGAAAGGCAACUGAUAGAGAGGUUUUUCCCGAGUUAAAAGAAAGGAACAUGCUUCACCUGAGCGGCCGGACUUCAUCUGCGCGCUAUGCGUGACAUUGUGGACAAAACAGGGAAUGAAAGUGAAUGUGGUGAUGACUAUGCGUAGGUAAGCAAGACGCACUCACCGGAGGGACAAGUACUGACUGGUAGA